UAAAACAACAGUUCCUCUCAAAACUAGGGUUUCUUUCCAAUCCUUUAAACCUCUGCGGUAAGGGGAAAAAAAAAACUUCUUUCACCAUGCCUCAGGGAGAUUACAUAGAGCUUCAUCAGAAGCGAAAUGGUUACCGACUUGAUCAUUUCGAUAGGAAGCGUAAGAGAGAGGCUCGUCAAGUUCACGAACUUUCUCGCAAGGCUCAGAAGUCUAUAGGAUUUAAGGGUAAACAAUUCGCAAAGAAACGUUAUGCUGAGAAGGCGUUGAUGAAGAAAACCAUUAACAUGCAUGAAGAGUCAAACAAGAGACGCAAGACUGACGAUGAUGUUGCUGAUGGGGCUCUUCCUCCUUAUCUACUAGAUCGUGAAACAACAACGCGUGCCAAGAUUCUUAGCAACACUAUCAAGCAAAAGAGGAAAGAGAAGGCUGGUAAAUGGGAAGUUCCCCUACCUAAGGUAAGACCUGUAGCCGAGGAUGAGAUGUUCAAGGUAGUCAGAACUGGGAAGAGGAAAACUAAGCAGUGGAAGAGGAUGAUUACCAAAGCAACUUUUGUGGGACCUGGAUUUACAAGAAAGCCUCCAAAGUAUGAGCGCUUCAUUCGCCCGUCUGGGUUGCGGUUCACCAAGGCCCAUGUCACUCACCCUGAACUUAAAUGUACAUUUAAUCUUGAAAUCAUUGGAAUAAAGAAGAAUCCCAAUGGUCCCAUGUACACAUCUUUGGGUGUUAUCACCAAGGGAACCAUUAUUGAGGUGAAUGUCAGUGAACUUGGUCUGGUUACACCAGCUGGAAAAGUUGUAUGGGGGAAAUAUGCUCAAGUUACAAAUAACCCGGAAAAUGAUGGGUGUAUAAAUGGGGUGCUACUAGUUUAAGAGGAGACUAUUUACAUAAGUUGCAUCUUUUUUUAGUUUUCUAGCUUUAGAUGUGCUUCUCCAGUAUCCCAAAAAUUUUGUAAGCCCCUUUUGUGUUCUAUCUACUUUUGGGCAAUCAACAUUGUUAUGUUAAAACGAUGAUAUGCGAGAUGUCUUUGAGUACUGCCUUAAAUUUUUGUUUCUUAUAUUUGUUGUACCUA